GAGGAAGUUGCGCUGUUCCAUUUUCGCGACGAUCCUCGUGAUAGGCUAUCCUCGUUCACUCGCCGAUUCCACAUUCCACUGGCCGGGUCGUCUACUUUUAACCAGCCUUCGUGUAAUCUCCCUUCGUCUCGACACAACUCUCUUCGUUAUUUUUUCUGGUAAAUUGAGGUGAAGAGACCUUUAAAACAACUACAUCAUGUAUUGCACACGACUCAUUGCACCGGUUGCCAGAUCCACCUUAGUGGCUGGAACUAAGAAUUACCUUCGACCGAUGAGCAGCGCAGUCGCGCAACUAAAUCAAAGCCAAUCGGUUCAAGAGAAUCAAAGGCUGAUUCCCAGCAGUGUCUCCUUGUCGCCAAUCGUGCGCAAUUUCCAAACUUCGGCAAUUAGCCGCGAUAUUGACACAGCAGCGAAAUUCAUUGGUGCUGGUGCCGCAACUGUUGGUGUUGCAGGAUCAGGUGCUGGAAUUGGAUCUGUAUUCGGUUCAUUGAUCAUCGGAUACGCGAGGAAUCCAUCCUUGAAACAACAAUUGUUCUCAUACGCCAUUUUGGGCUUUGCCCUUUCUGAGGCCAUGGGUCUUUUCUGUCUUAUGAUGGCCUUUUUACUCCUCUUCGCCUUCUAAACUAUCAGAAAGAAAAAUAAAGAAAAGAUCAGAAAAAUAACAUCCAUAACCAAAAAAAAAAAAUACCGAUAGUUCUAGUGCGUCACUGCCAAGGCACAGCGUGGACGUCUCUCGCGUUCUCAACCCCCAAAUGGGGACAAAAUGGGACGACAGCUGUUCCUGGUACGCGGGAGUUCAUGAGAUCAUUAGGAAGACCAAUGACACUGAUCCGUGGGGGAGCGACGGUGUGACAAUGGACAAACUUCAAAUUGCACAUUAAAUGACAAAAGAAAAAAAAUAAA